AUGUUUCGACUUCCUAGCAACCUCACGCGUGGCAACUUGUUGCGCCAACAAUUCCAACGCUAUACCAGCAGCUAUGCCCAUUUACAGCCAAGCAAGCAGUCAUUGAUCCCAUCGAGUGGUGUGUAUCCUCUGGGCUUCCGUGCAGGCGGUGUUCAUGCUGGUGUCAAAAAGAAUGGCAACAAGGACAUUGCCUUGAUCGUCUCGGAUCGUCCAUGUGCUGGUGCAGCCGUGUUUACCACCAAUGCCUUCAAAGCAGCUCCUGUGUUGGUGAGCCAAGAGACCUUGCAAGAGAAUAGCAAUGCGAUCUUUGCUGUUGUGACGAAUUCGGGUUGUGCCAACGCGGUGACAGGUGCCCAGGGUCUUGAAAAUGCACGACGCAUGCGAUCGACAGUGGAUAAUCUUGUGGAGCAUCCUAUGAGCGCCCUUACCAUGUCAACGGGUGUUAUUGGACAACAAUUGCCUAUCGACAAGAUCGAAGCUGGUAUCAAGCAUGCAUAUACAGUGUUAUCCUCUGAACACGAUGAUGGAUGGUUCAAAUGUGCCGAAGCUUUCAUGACAACGGAUACCUUCCCCAAGCUCAAAACAGGACAAUUCGCUGUGGAUGACAAAAAGGUGACAAUGGCUGGUAUCGCCAAAGGUGCAGGCAUGAUCCAUCCCAACAUGGCCACUUUGCUUGGAUUUAUGGUGACCGAUGCCUAUGUGGAGCCCGCUCUUCUCAAAAAGACACUCAAGUACGCCACCGACCGUAGCUUCAAUUCGAUCAGUGUGGAUGGCGAUAUGAGCACCAACGAUACCAUUGCCGUCCUUGCCAAUGGCGCUAGCGGUGUCCGCAUCGAAUCCGAGGAUAGCCCAGCAUACGAACUCUUUAGGGAUCAGCUGACAUCAUUCGCCGCUGAAUUGGCUCAGCUCAUUGUCCGGGACGGUGAAGGUGCUACCAAAUUUGUCACUAUUCAUGUCAAGGGUGCUAAAUCGUUUGAAGAUGCCAAGCAAGCUGCAUCUCAUAUCUCUACAUCGAUGCUCGUCAAGACAGCUCUUUAUGGACAAGACGCUAAUUGGGGCCGCAUUUGCGCUAGUCUCGGUCAUUGCGGUGUUGACGUUGAUGCCAGCAAGGUCAGCGUCAACUUUGUUCCAGCUGAUGGAUCGGAGAAGUUAAAACUUAUGGUGACUGGGGAACCUGAACAAGUGGAUGAGGAUCGAGCUGCCGAAAUCCUAAAGUUUGAAGACUUGACCAUUGAAGUCGAUCUCAACCUUGGUGACAGUGAGACAAAGUUCUGGACAUGCGACUUGAGUCACGAGUAUGUAACCAUCAAUGGCGACUACCGAUCAUAA